ACGUGGCUGGAAAUUUCAUUCUAAUUUGGGAAAACCAAGCAAAAGCAUUACGAAUUAUAAUGGCCUACAUAAAGAUUUGGAUAUUUUUGGCAGUAUUGGCUUUGGCUAAUACUCAGAAGACUUCGGUGGACAAUUACUAUGGCGACAAUAUGCACGCCGUCAUACGAAAUGAUGAGUAUAUUGAUGCCCAUAGACGCCAUUACGCGGGCAAUAUCUGGUAUUACGAUUUCCAAAUUAACAAAUUUAAGGAGGCCUAUUUGGAACGCGUCAACUCUUUUGAAUAUCAAAAGGAGGCGCUUGUAAGAGAACUCAUUCGUGUCGAUGAGCAUUUAUAUCCCUUAACGGUGCUGAGUGACUUCAGCAAGGCUUGUGUACAGAAAUACAAGUCCUUAAUCCCUUCCAUGGCAUGGGCCAAAAGUGAGAUGGAUCGAUGCAUUUCCGUGGCCUCCAAUCAAGCGAAUUCCUUGAUAACCUAUAUGUCCUCAACGAAUCGCACUUUACAGAGUCACUACACUACCACCUUUGAAAAGGAACUGAACGCCUGUAAAAGCAAGUUUAAUACUACCUCGCCAACUAACUAUACCAUAUGUCUGGCUAAUGCUGUGGCCCUUACAAAUACCUAUACCCUGAAUAAUCAAAAAAGCUUUUCUUCUCAAUUGCAAACCGCAAAAAAUUCAGUUGCUGUCCAUAUGAAAACUGUUCAAGAAUGCACUUUUGGUGUCUACAAUACCACAGUUUCAAGAAUCUCGGAGGCAAAUUCACGCAUUGACACGUGUCUCCGUGGCAAUGAUGAUUGCUCACAUUGCAGCGGUUUCUACUGCCAAGAGGUCUUUAGCAUGCAUCACUCACUUAUUGAUCCCCAAAAUGCCACAAUGUUUAAUCCAUUCUAUAGACGAGAAGCUGGGAAAUGCCUGAUGAUGAAUAUCGUGUAAAAUGUAAACUUAAAAGAAAUUCUAAAAUAAAGAAAUUCAAUCAGCAGUA